AUGUCUGGCCUCACAUCACGGGCCAGGAAGCGCAUCAUCCUUCAUGCUCUGAGAAUCCAUGCAUCUCUCUGUCCAGCCAUGCAGUUCACUGUCUGCGGUGGUAGUGGUUCUGUGUACCAGGACAGCUACCGGUACCUAAGCGACGAGAAGCACGUGUCCCGCGUCUGGUUCGCGUCAAAGAAACUCUAG